AUGACAAGCCCUAUCUCCGGGCCCGAGGACCAAAGUCGUCUCCUCGAGGAGGCCCUGGGGGUCGUCCGACAGCAGUCGCAUCUGAUGCGAAAAUGUCUCGAGAACCCCGGGAAGUUGAUGGAUGCGCUCAAAUGCGGGUCGACGUUGGUUUCCGAACUCCGCACUCCUAGCUUGGGGCCCAAGCAAUACUAUGAAUUGUACAUGGCAGUGUUCGAUGCGCUGCGACAUCUCUCCGUCUACCUGAAGGAGAACCACCCGGUCAAUCACCUGGCGGAUUUGUACGAGUUGGUUCAAUAUGCCGGGAACAUCAUCCCACGACUCUACCUGAUGAUCACGGUCGGCACGGUGUAUAUGUCGGUCGAGGAUGCCCCGGUCAAAGAAAUCAUGAAGGAUAUGAUGGAGAUGAGUCGCGGUGUGCAGCAUCCCAUUCGUGGGCUGUUCCUGCGAUACUAUCUAUCCGGGCAGGCUAGGGAUCAUCUGCCCACCGGCUCCGGGGACGGGCCCGAAGGUAACCUGCAGGACUCGAUCAAUUUCGUCCUAACCAACUUCGUGGAGAUGAACAAGUUAUGGGUGAGAUUGCAGCACCAGGGUCCCUCGCGGGAAAGGGAAAAGAGGAUGCAGGAGCGCCGCGAGUUGGAGUUGCUGGUGGGCAGCAAUGUCGUCCGGCUCAGCCAGUUGGUCGACCUGGAGCGGUACAAGUCCGGUAUCCUGCAGGCGCUGCUGGAGCAGGUUGUCCAGUGUCGUGAUAUCCUGGCGCAGGAGUAUCUGCUAGAAGUCAUUACCAAGGUCUUUCCGGACGAGUUCCACCUUCACACACUUGACCUCUUGCUCUCGGCUAUCUCUCGUCUCAAUCCGCACGUGGAUUUGAAGAAGAUCGUGAUCGGCCUCAUGGACCGUCUUUCGGCCUAUGCUGCUCGGGAGACAGAAGCGACCGCGGACCCGGAGACAAGGAAACAGAAUGAGGAAGAAGCCGUCACGAAAUUUCUCGAGAACCUGAAGAUCACUGAAGAGUCCAAGAAGGAGGAGCCGGCGGCAGUUGAAGAGGCACAGGUAGAAUCAGCUCAGGAGAACGGCGAGGAGCAACCAGCCACAGAGCCUUUGCAGGAGGCCAAAGAGCCAGAAGCGAAGCCGGCUGAAGACGAGGAAACACCGAAGGAGAACGGCGAGAGUGCUUCCAAGCCUGCUGUUCCAGCCGAUGUCAAGCUGUACGCCAUAUUCUAUGAUCAAGUGGUGAACCUGAUCAAGACCCGCGGUUUGCCGAUCCAAGACACCAUGGCGUUAUUAGUAUCCCUCGUCAACUUGGCCCUCAAUACCUAUCCUGGCAAGCUGGAAUACGUGGACCAGAUCCUUGGUUUCGCCACGCAGGAAACCGCCAAGCACGCUGACCAUGCUGACCUGCACACACCUCCAACCCAGCAGAAUCUCCUUCAUCUACUCCUCGCUCCCCUCCGCUCAUACGUAUCGAUCUUUACGGCGCUGGCGCUGCCGCACUAUCUCCCGCUUAUGAAUUCGCAAUCCUAUCCCACACGCCGAUCCGUCGCGGGUGAAAUCGCCCGAAAUCUGCUGAAGAAUCGAACAUUGAUCACAACGACAGAGAACUUGGACCGUGUCCUGCAAGCCUUGAGAGUAUUGAUCAAAGAAGGCCUGCAGCAGAGCGUGGGUUACCCUGGAUCCCAACGGCGCGGAGGCGAAACGGACGAGACCGUUGAAGAGCAAGGCUGGCUUGCUCGGUUGGUGCAUCUGAUUCAGGCGCCAGAGAACGACACUCAAUUGAAGCUCCUCCAAGCAACACGCAAAGCAUAUGCCGACGGCGACGAACGCAUUCGAUACACAACACCGGCCAUCAUCACUGCCUCGAUCCGACUGGCGCGCAAACUCAAAUCCCGAGAACAUUACGACGACAACUGGCAGUCACAAUCGUCGGCCCUCUACCGGUUCAUGCAUCAAGGUGUAAACAACCUCUACCAGCGCGCCAAUCCGGGAUGCGCCGACCUGGCCCUGCGCUUGUUCGUCAUGUGCGGCGAGGUAGCGGACCAGACCGGUUUCGAAGAGUUCAGCUACGAGUUCUUCGCGCAAGCCUUUACGAUCUAUGAGGAUUCCAUCAGCGACUCGCGCGCUCAGUUCCAGGCCGUCUGCAUCAUCGCAGGGGCCCUCCAAGGCACACGAGGGUUUUCCAAGGAGAACUACGACACGCUCAUCACCAAGGCUGCGCUGCACGGAAGCAAGUUACUCAAGAAACCCGAUCAAUGCCGUGCAGUAUACCUUGCUAGCCACCUCUGGUGGGUGGUUGAGAACCCCCAACGAGGCGAAGAGGAUCCCAAAAACCUCUACCGCGAUGGCAAACGCGUCCUCGAAUGCCUCCAGCGCGCUCUCCGCGUCGCAGACGCCUGCAUGGACACCGCCGUCUCCGUCGAACUCUUCGUCGAGAUCCUCAACCGCUACGUCUACUACUUCGACCAGCAGAACGAAACCGUCACGACAAAGUACCUCAACGGCCUGAUCGAACUCAUCCACUCGAACCUACAGACGAACGAGGACGAGCCGAACCCCAGCCUCGAGGGCCCCAAGCGCCACUUCCAGCGGACACUGGACUACAUCCGGUCCCGAGAUUACGAGGGCGUGGUCACGGACCCGAGGCAGUGA